AUGUUCCCGACGAGCGUGCGCAAACCAUCGCCCGGACCCGCGCCUGACGCGAGCGAAAGCGACGAGCGCGCGGCGUCUCCCGCGCCGUCGGAACCGAGCGCGCGGACGUCGGACGACGAGCGCGUCGAGCGCGACUACGACGAGGGCGCGGCGGAAUCGGCGCGAGAAAAGUACCGACUUCAGGGCAAAGCCGGGUGCGAUCGCGUCCUCGAAGCGCUGCGACGGGAGAAAGAGAGCGUGAAAGAGACGCGACAGUACCUGUUCGGACGGUUGUUGAACCUGCAGCUCGAAGAGGCGGUGCUGCGGGAUCAUCUGAACGCGACGUGGAAGCGAGGGAAACGCAGAGCGGCGCUGAAACAUAAGAGACCCGAACAAUUGGUGGAGUCGCUGAUUCGGGAGUUCGGCGUGGUGCGAGGGACGCGCGCGAGGGGGCAGGUUUGGAUCGGGGCGACGCGGCGGUUGGGGUAUCUGUUGGAGCAGACGUGUUUGGGGCGAAGAGCGCGCGCGGGGACGGAGAUUGGCGUGCCGUUGACGCCGAAUGGGGCCGGAAACGAACUCGUGAUACGAGUCUGCUGCGAGGAUGCGUAUUACAUGUGCGCGUUUUUGCGGUGUUUAGUGGUGAGCGAGGACGGGGACGAAGACGCGGCGCGGGAAAUUCGGCUCGGGUUAGGGACGCGGGAGAUGGACUGCGAGACGCUUUGGCGCGUGUUUCGACGCGAUUGUGGGCACGCGUUCGCAUUGAAGUGCGCGGCGACGGUGCACUUCAGACUCACGGGUUGGUUACCGCGCAGCGGAUUACAAUACGGUGCAGAUUUCGUGUUAUACCAGCGUCACCCGUCGCUCGUGCACAGCGACUCCACCGUGGUGCUGGUGCCCGACGCCGCCGCGCGUAGGAGCUUUCAAAUCGACGACGACGACGCGCCCCAUCGCGGCGUCGCGCUCGACAACGGCUGGCCCGACUGGCCCGAUUUGCAGGCUACGUCAAGAUUGGCCGUGCAGGUGAGCAAGAAAUUCAUCGAGGCGCACAUCUCGGCGCCGAAAAACGUGAAUUGGAACGAGCCGUCGUGCUUACAGCACAUUUACGUCAACGAGAUUGAAGUCUCGCGAUUCAAUACGAAAAAACACUUGGAGAAUUACCAAGGAGAUUAG